CAUUAGAUUAAGUGGUUCGUAAAUGAUGUUUAAUUACUCCCUAAAUUUCAGCGCUCCUAUUUUUAAGAAUCCCAACCCCAUUUCUCCACCAUCGACAUAAACUCAACCCUGUUUCCUUCACUCUCACCUUCCAACUCCAUCUCCAAUGGCUUCCUCCUCUGCAAACGCCCUCUUUUCCUCUUCCCUCGCACCCUCCAUUCCCAAAUCCCCUCUUCUCUCCAUCUCCAACUCCUCUGUUUCUCUCAACCUCCUCCCCACUCUUCAUUCUUCUUCUUCCGCUUCUUCUUCUCGCUGCAAUUUUAUUCCAAUCCGCAGCGUUUUGAAGACGGUGGAAACCUUCGAGCUUCACACCUCCGAUCUCGCCGACCCCACUUUCCCCAACACAAGAUCCACCAUUUUGGUCGCCGAGAAACUUGGAGAGGCCGGUCUGAAGCUUCUCCGGAGCUUCGGCGACGUUGACUGCGCUUACGACCUCUCGCCGGAACAACUCUGCGCCAAGAUCUCUUCCUGCGACGCCUUAAUUGUUCGAAGUGGCACCACGGUCAAUCGACAGCUCUUUGAAGCGGCGAAAGGGCGGUUGAAGGUUGUCGGAAGAGCCGGUGUCGGUAUUGACAAUGUGGAUCUGCAAGCCGCCACUGAGUUCGGUUGUCUUGUCGUGAAUGCUCCGACUGCCAACACCAUCGCCGCCGCCGAACAUGGAAUUGCGUUGCUUACUGCCAUGGCUCGUAACGUCGCUCAAGCUGAUGCCUCCAUGAAAGCAGGAAAGUGGGAACGGAACAAGUACGUGGGAGUGUCACUGGUGGGUAAGACACUGGCAGUGAUGGGAUUCGGGAAAGUGGGAUCGGAAGUGGCGAGACGCGCCAAGGGAUUAGGGAUGCAAGUAAUAGCGCACGAUCCUUACGCGCCGGUGGACCGAGCCAGAGCCAUCGGCGUCGAAUUGGUGUCCUUCAACCAAGCCAUUUCCACCGCUGAUUUCAUUUCGCUUCACAUGCCGCUCACUCCGACGACCUCAAAGAUUUUCAACGAUGAUACCUUUGCUCUGAUGAAGAAAGGGGCUCGUCUGAUUAAUGUUGCUAGAGGAGGUGUGAUUGAUGAAGAUGCCCUUGUUAGAGCCCUCGAUAGCGGAGUGGUUGCCCAGGCGGCGCUUGACGUCUUUGCAGAGGAGCCUCCGCCGAAGGACAGCAAGCUGGUGCAGCAUAAGAAUGUUACUUUCACGCCUCAUCUUGGAGCUAGCACUAAGGAAGCGCAGGAAGGUGUUGCCAUUGAAAUAGCCGAAGCUGUCGUUGGAGCUUUGAACGGCGAACUUUCUGCCACCGCCGUCAACGCUCCCAUGGUCGCCCCAGAGGUACUGUCGGAGUUGGCACCGUACGUGGUACUGGCGGAGAAACUGGGGCGGCUGGCGGUGCAGCUGGUGGCCGGAGGGAGCGGGAUAAAAUCAAUAAAAGUGGUGUACAGAACAGGGCGAACCCCAGACGAUUUAGACACGAGGCUGUUACGAGCCAUGAUCACGAAAGGCAUAAUCGAACCCAUCUCGGACAGCCACAUAAACCUGGUGAACGCGGAUUUCACGGCCAAGCAAAAGGGGCUCCGAAUAAGCGAGGAGCGGGUGGAAGUGAACGCACCACCGGAGUUUCCAGUGGACUCGAUCCAAAUCCUGGUCUCCAACGUGGAGUCGAAGUUCGCCAGCGCAGUGAGCGAGAAGGGUGAGGUGGCAAUCGAAGGGAAGGUGAAAUACGGGGUGCCGCAUCUGACACGUGUAGCGUCGUUCAACGUGGACGUGAGUUUGGAAGGGAAGUUAAUCCUGUGCCGGCAGGUGGACCAGCCGGGGAUGAUCGGACGGGUGGGGAGCAUUCUGGGAGAGAACAAUGUGAAUGUGAACUUCAUGAGCGUGGGGAGGAUGACGAGGAAGAAAAGGGCGAUAAUGGCGAUCGGGGUGGAUGAAGAACCCAAUAAGGAAAGUCUGAGGAAAAUUGGAGAAGUUCCUGCGGUGGAAGAGUUUGUGUUUUUGGACCUAUAAGCUAUGAAGCAAAAUCACAGUCACUGGCGACAUGUUUUUUUUUUUUUUUUUUUUUUUUUUUUUUUUUUUUUUUUUUUUU